UUAAAAAAAAAGUACACUCCUCGCGUCGGCCGGAAUCCGAAGAGUCCACUCCACUGCACUCUCAACAAAGUCUUUAAAUACCAGAGUUAUUCAUAAUCAUCAUCGGCCCAUUCAGCCUCCCACGAUUUCAGUUCCCCUUCGCUCUUCCUUCCCUCGAUUUCCAAUCCACCAUCGCCGCCGCCAGCCAUGUCAACGUGCGAGGCCAACGGCACUACUGAACCCUCCCCUGCCACCGCCGAAGGCAAGACCAUCACGCUCAAGUCCGGCGAUGGCGAGAUGUUCCAAGUCGAGGAAGCCGUCGCCAUGGAGCUAGCCACCGUGAAGAACUUCUUCGACGACGGCACCAUCGACUCCGGCAACGCCGCUGCCGUCAUCCCGCUCCCCAACGUCUCCGCGCAGCCUCUGUCGAGGAUCAUCGUCUACUGCAGGAAGCAGGUGGAAUUCCGCGGGAGCGCUGCGGCUGAAAGCGAGAAGAGGAGCUUCAGCGACGAGUUCGUGAAAAAGCUGGAACUCGGUGAGGUGAGGGACCUGGUCCUGGCCGCGAAUUACCUCAACAUCCCAUACCUGCUCGACGUGCUGAACCAGAACAUCGCGGAUCGCAUCCAGAACAAGAGCGUUGAGUUCGUCAGGAAGUUCUUCGGGAUCGAGAACGAUUUCACCCUGGAGGAGGAGCAGGCCAUCCGCGAUCAGAACGCUUGGGCCUUCGAAGGUGUGGACGAAGACUGAAUCGAGAAUUAGGGUUUAGGGAUCGAACGUAGCUCUCUCUCUGCUCUGCCGUUUCCGGCUUUUUGUUAGGGUUUGGGAAACUGAAUCAACUAUCGGGAUUUGAUUCUAAUUUUGCCAGUUAGCAACUCUGUAGUUUAAUUUCUUGCUUGCGAAUUCCCAAUUAAAUUUCCUUCUCCCCCUUUGCUUGAAUGGACAUGAUAAAAAAUAACAGCUCGCUUGCUCACAAUUCGAUCCAUGGUAACUCACUCUUUAAGCAUCAGUCUGCUGUUGGAUUGGAGCCUGCAAUUCCCUUAUUUGGCGGCCAUUGCAGCAGCUUGUUGCUUGGUAAAGAGCAGUGGCAUGUUGAUGCUUGAUGUCUGUUCAUUAGACCAUUACCUAACCAGCUGGCUUACUGCUCUGCCAGCUUGAAUGAAAUCCUUUGUCUUGAAUGGUUGCAGUGAAGGGCUGAUCAUGAAAUGCACUACUCUACCAUCGUAAACAAGAAUAAACCUUUUUAGCAGCUUCUUCAUGGUUAAAGAAUGAGACUUUACCUUCGAAACAAGACGAGUUUAAUACCCACCAUACCUUUGUGCAUCUCACUCUAUUAUCACAAGCAAGAAUAAAUCUCCUACCUCCUCAACCGCAGGAUCAAGUACAGGAGUCUUGUGUGGUUUUUGGUUCUGGCACUCCAGAGAUGUUCAUGUUGAUAAUUUUGUCAUGUUUCUUGUGUGAAUCCUGGUAUAGGACCUCAGUAAGUAUGUAGUCCUAGGCUGCUAUUUUGACUCCAUUAGUACCUAGUCAGUUGGAAGAAGCAUCUUGAAUUUGAUUCAAGGGUUUCACGAAGCUGGGAUUGACUAAUUGAUGAUAAAGCAAAUGGUUGGAAGUCCUAAUGUGUGGCCAAUCCCAUUGGUUGAUCACGAAUAGAUGCUCGAGGUAACUGUAUUAUUGUUAUGUUCAUCUUUCUCUCCGUAGUACCUGCUUCUAACUGCUGAUUCCCAUUUAAAUAUAAAGGUGCAGGAGAAGGCGGCAUUCAUCUUCAGUGUUGAAGACAUAGCUCUCUUCUGCAAAGAUUGCGACGAACUGAUCCAUUCUGUAGGUAGUCCUUCCGCGAACCAUCAGAGGUUUCUACCUCUGGGGAAGAACUCAUUGAAGGUAACUGAAAGACCAUGGCUUUGUGGGAACGGCUACGGUGCUAAUUGUACAAUAGUUAGCACCGUCCUAACCAAGGGAAAAACUACUACUAGUUUGAAUUAGUAGUGAUUUAGCUUAGAUGUUGUAUUGAUUUUAUAAUAAUCCGUAGUGAUUUCGUUAUUUUUAGUAGCGUUAUAUUGAUUUUAUAAUAAUUCGUAGUGAUUUCGUUAUUUUUAGUAGCGUUUUUUGCUAGUUAUCACGGUGCUAACCUCUAUAAGGGGUUAGCACCUAAUCCCAUUCCUGGCUUUGUUCGUUUGCUCGUAGCUUGUGAAAUGACGCAUCGUUGUGAUGCUUUGUGUAUGUGGGAAAGAAACAUAGCGAUUUAGCUGAACUGCUUAAUGGACUUAUCAUCCGUGGAUAAUAGGAUCAAUAGACAUUUUUAUUGGUGGAGAAUAGCCUCGGUCCGAUCUCGUGAUCUGUAACAUCCAAAAUCGAAAAAAUGGCAUUUCGGUAAAAUCGCUUCAAAUCUGUGAUGGUACCCUUUUGGAAUCUGCCAAAAAUUGACCCGGAAUAAAUCCGCCCAAAUCGGUGCUUAAUGGACUUAAUCAUCGUUGAAGAAUAGCCUCAGGUCAAAUCCGUGAUCUGUAGCCUUCAAAAUCCAAAGAAAAUGUCCUUUCGUCGCCCAAAAAAUUACGAAAAUGUCAUCCAAAAAUAAAUUGACCAAAAUCAGUCCUUAAUAGACUUAUCAUCCGCGG